GCCAACCACCGCGAAGGCGUCUAUCUUGACAACUCCACCAUCUCCAGUUUUCCAAAGCAGUGCCAAGACUUUCUCAGACGAAAAAACUUCAUGAUGCCCAUAUUGCCAUAUUGCUCUUCCCGUGUCAGGACGCACUGCUGGCGCCUUCGCGCGGGCGAAAGAGCGAGAAAGGAGAUGGGCAAGGGCCUUGGCGGGACAGAAUGGUCGGUCAAUCUACGGAAUAUUGAGGGCGAUGACGGUAUCCGUACGGAUAGAGCAAUAUGGAGCCUUCCCCUGCUUUUCCAUCGCCCGCUGAUGUCUGGGCAGGCUAUCACCUGGCAGGUCGGUCGCCAAGCUGGCUCCGUAAGGAACCGCGGCAUUGGUAAGUCGUAUCAUGAGAGCUCGAGAAUCAGUGCGGCAGAGAACCAUAUGUCAUCGGAUAUAUGCCAAGGGUGGCCUUGCAAAGACACGCUGCAGGUCAAUACCGGUGAUGCAGCCGCAUAUAUUGGCCCCUAUUAUGGGGGAGAAGAAAAGAAACCCAUUCCAACAGAGAAUUCUAAUGCAGCUGUCACUCUCAUUGUAGCUGACACGGCUGUUGGUACUGAUUUUUGGUAUGAUUAUCUUGCCUGCCGGAGGGCGAUCGGGGUGUCUCGCCCACCCUUCCGGAGUCCGGACCCUUUGCUGAGCAGAGGGUCAUUUACAAGAGACCGGACGUGUGCCGGCCGCUCUGUGCCAGGUGUGGGCCCAGCCAACCUGGUCAAACAAUGCUCACGGUUUGCCUCCCGCGCCUGCUGCCCAAGGCCGUGGUUUUCUGCCGCGUUUUCUGUUGAGCAGAUUCGGCAGAAGCCUGGCUGUGGCAUCCCGCUUGUCGAGGAUAAAGAUUUUGGGUCUACGUGGUUGCCUCCGCACUGCAACAUCAGCCCCCAAAUCAUUUUCGGAUGCCUAGCAGAAUCAAAUUCGUCUGAUGUGGUGAUUCGUGGAACGUCGAAUCAUCCAAGGGAACGCUGA